CUACACCCGCUGGAAAUACAGUACGCGAGGAGAUCGGAUAGUAAAUCCUAUGCGUUUGGUGCAGGAGACGCGCUGUGCAACCCGCUGAACGAGGAGACAUGAUUGACCGAUAAGAAGGAUUACCUUUGUUAUUUUUCCAUCUAAAAUGGUCAAUCAGAAUAACUGGGAAGCACAGCGUCGAAAUACGAUUGAUUGAAAAUGGGAACAUGUGCGAUCGGAUUAUGCAACGCGAUGGACCCUAAACUUAAAACCAUUUUGAUGGGGGAAACAAGAAGAGUCCCUUAAGAUGACACGCACGGACAGACCUGAUAUAUUGGUAUCGACUGUGUACGCAGAUAUAGACGUGAACCCCACCUGCGUGGACCUGAAGAUAUCCCCUCCCCCCGCACAAUGUGAUUACCGGAUUCGGAACACAACGGAGGACAAACUGGAGAAGAACAACAAAAGGUUCUGCCGUAGCUUUGACUUCAUUGAGUCAUUGGACGACCCCGAGACCCUCACUUCCUCCAUGGAGUACCCAUACAGGAGGACUGACAGACAUGUUGUGCACCAGGAUAUUCCUUGGAAUGCUCUGGGCCAGCAAGGGCACCUCCGGUUCUCCUCGCCGGACUUGUUCAACACCAGGCUGCCAGCUCAGCUGGUUGGCUCGGAAAAUAUUGGAGAGCCGGCGGCUUGGUCCAAUGACAACCGCAGAGCUCGGUCAAAGAGUGCCCCCCGAGUUAAGACCACCCUUACCCCCGUGCACUUUGAGGCAUCCCCACCCAUGGCACGGAGGGGGAGGGAGGUCCAUCGGGGCAGCCAGGACCCUACCAGGAGGUCUGAGCUAUCACCUCGCCGGGAGACCUCCAGCACUACCAACCGAGCCUUCGUGAACGAGGUGCAUCCCAUAAAGCUGCAGCCGCAGGGCAGUGAUGCGAGGCGCUACUCUCCACUUUACAUCCCUGACCGCUUCGAGGAGAGUAGGCCCGCCACAAGUCCUCAUGUCCGGUGUCGUGUAGACAUCAAGCCAGAUGAGGCCGUUCUGCAGCACACUGCAUGGAAGUCCAUGCCCCGAUCCGAAGUGCCCUGGCAGCGCUACUCCAGUGGAGGGAGCCGCAGCUUGACUGUGCCACGCCAAGUCCCCAGCUCCAGGACACCAACACCAACAGAUUCCCUAAGUGGGGAAUACCGGUAUCCAUACCUUUAUUCUAACUACUUACCAAACAACUAUAUUCAGCCUUUUGAGGUUGCGAUGCAGAGGAUGCCUUCGCCCACAGAGUCAAGGGGAUACUUUGGGAGAGAACGCAGGGCUCACUCAAGUCCUAACGUGCCAGCCAGAUUCUAUUAUGCAGAUGAUCCAGGAAUAUACACCCCAAGGACUUACUACCAGGAGGAUCCAUAUGGUAUCCCAAGCCAAAACUAUAUGUCCAAGGUCCAGUAUGUGCAGAAUCCAAGGAUGGUUCAUACAGUACCUUCUCGGCCUUAUUACACAGACAUGGAUCCUUACCCAUACCCGUUAUCGCCUGUUUAUCCCAAAAAUUACUCCCCAAAUGAUUUGGGGCCAGAUUUUAUCCAGACAUCUCCAUCUCAAUCAUACUAUGAGGACGAUCCAAAAUCCUACUCAAUUCAAACUACUCCAUCCAAGAUUUUCUAUGCAAACGAGUCCUUCAUGUCCUCACCAGAACAUCACAUUCUGUCUCGAGGAUAUCAAACAGAAGGUCGCCGGCGGCCACGGCUGUCCCAGCCUUCUGAUGACUGGUAUGACUCGAACAUAUCCAGCUAUGCCACUUUCCACCCUUCAGCUCAUACCCCGCAAUACACUUCACCAAAAACAAGGCAAGACCCAAUGCUAACACCCUGGUAUGGUGACUCCUAUGUGGAGCCAGCUCGACUAGGAGCAGACACCCGACUGUACUCCAAGUCCUGGGACAAUAUUCUCAAUCCUCGCAUUGAGAGGGAGCAUCCAGUCCAUCGUGGUCGAAGCUAUGAGAACCUUUUGUACCACGAUAAACGUACCUUAUCCCCAGAUGACAGACGCCAGCCAGUGGUGGUCAAUCUUUCGAGUUCACCCCGGCGAUAUGCAGCUUUGUCCCUCUCUGAAAACUCUUUGACUGACAGGAGCCCAUCAGAUGGUGGGAGGAGUACCAUGAGUAAGUUCUGGUUUGUUACCCCAGAGAUUACCAUCACAGAUAAUGACCUCCGCGCAAGCAACCUCAACAAAACAGAAGUACGCUCUGCUAGCUGGGAUGUACUAGACUCGGGUACAAGUAUAUCUCCAGAAGCAUCUAAACAUGAAUCGAUGUCAUGCUCGGUAGAAUCUACAAAAGGAAAAAUUCACAACAGCUCCUCACUGCAGCAAAGUCUGGAACAGCUUGAUGAGCUUUUAGCAGAUCUUGUCAUUGACUAUAAACCACCAGUGAGCAGGAGGCCCAGUGAGGACCUGCUAGACCAACUGAAAAAGCUUAUCAAUGAUGAUGAAACAAAGGAAGAUUCAUCAAAGGAAGGUUCUAAGGAGUCAGAGGAUUCCACCUUACUCAAUAAAGAACCCACUUUGGCAAAGAUGACCUCAGAUGUCAUAAAAGACAUCGAUGGCAGCUCUGACCAGCUACAGAGAAGCACAGAGGAGUUUUCACCUGAGCAUAGCCCUGAUGAGGAUGGUACCAUGACAUGCUCUAACAAUAAGUGCCAGCGAACAGACACAUUGUUUAAUGCCUGCCUCUACUUCAAGUCCUGUCACAGCUGCUAUACCUACUACUGCUCACGGAACUGUCGCAGAGAGGACUGGGACAUGCACAAAGAGUGUUGCUUGUAUGGUCGCAUCACCAGCGUGUGCAGGAAUGUCCUUAAGUACUGCCGGGAAACAGGGGAGGUUCACAAAGCCUUCUCGCGCAUUGCCAAAGUAGGCUAUCUCUCCCGCGGAAGGGGCAUCCUUUUCCUGGGCUUCCCCAACCCAGGCUCAUCUAAAAACUUUCUGAAGUUCGGCCUCGAGAGCCUCCUUAUGUCCCCCACCUACUUGUCCCUCAGAGAGCUGGACAGUUUCAAGGAAAACUUAGGUGAAUAUUGCAAGGAACUACAGUCAGUUGGCAAUGAGUAUGACCCCUGCGAAUGUUUCCUCCUCAAUGUGUCCAUCGCUGUCGGCGACCAAGUGCCUGAUGGGCCCUCACCCAGAGUACAAGCCCCAGCUGUCAGGAAGUAUGCUAAGGUGGCUCUGGCCUCUUGCAGCCCAGAGAAGACCAGGAAUGUGUCCAGGAAGGAAAAUGACAUGGAGACUCUCAUUCUAACUCCACCACCUGGGACCACAGAUAUUGAUAAGGAAGGGGAGGAGGGGCAGAAAGCCCGCGAGAUAUGCUUCAUCAAUAUCCAGCGUGAGCUCAGGACCAGGGGAGUGUUUUUGCGACACGAGUACCCAGAUGUCUACCAGCAGCUCUGUGAGUUUGUGGAGAGCAACAAGAGGUUCACGCCGACCACCAUCUAUCCUAUUGACAAGAGGACUGGCAAGCAGUUCAUGUGCAUGAUCAUGGCUGCAUCUGAACCAAGAACUUUGGACUGGCUUGGCACUCCCAAUCUCCUAGACGACAUCAUAUAGCUGAGUUUGUCUUUCAUAUGAUGUAUGUAUAGAAAUAGAUAUAUAUUGGUAUACAAAUAUAUACAAUAUCAAGCCUAUUUAUUAUAAAUGUUCGCAGACAUAUUUUACUAUUAAAAAAGAGAUCUUGAAGUUUUUAGUUGCCAGUAGUAUUCACAAUGGGAACUUAUUGCCUGAGUUGUGGAAUGAGUGUGGUGUACAGCAUUGUAUUAGAUUUCCACUGUAAUGGGUACAUGGUGCACUAUAUUGUAAUUUAUCUGGUAUUUGUUUGAUUGGUAAUCAGCCUAGUCUUUUCCUAGUCUUCUCAGUAUUUCACAUUGCAUUUCUUGUGUUGUGAUAGAUUAUCCAUUAUAUUUUGGGCGGCACAGUUUUCGGUGUUAGCCAUUGAUGAUUCUGAGUCUAACCAAAUAAUUUCAAUUUGGCGGUGCAUUUUUUUAUUAAGCUGAAGAAAACAUUGACUAUUUGAAAGGGAGAAAUAUAUUCUGACAUUCACGCUGGCUGAUCCAUUCCUUAUACGGUCAGUGUGCUUAGCCUGUCUUUUCCAAGCUGAAAAAUCAAUCAGAAUAAUUAAAAGCUACGUUCUAUGUAACAUUCAAAUGCAAUUGAUUUUUUAUUUGAGUUAAGGAGCAUGACAUGAAAGCUAUUGGCCUGUCUAAUCUGAGUUGAAAUCUUUAAAUCCAUAAAUAAACCUGUGAAAAGGGAAAUAUUUCAUCAGAAUAAAUUAUACUUUUGGGUUCCUCCAUUUUUCCAAUGUUAAGAACUGAUAAACACAACUGAAAGAAAGCUUUACUACUCAGACUUUUCUUUUUAAUUCUGGUAAAUAUAAGUGGGCAUAGGUAUUAUUAUGAUACAGUAUUUGUAUCAAUAUAAUCUUAAUGGAUUAUAAACAUAUUUCGAAUAUCUUGUACAUGAAGAAUUUAUUUCAAAUGAACUCUUGUUAUCUUUAAAUGUUCAGCAUUUGCAUAUGACUUUAAGACAGCACAAAAUUUUUUCAAAUACUUGCACUUCUGUUGGCUUAUCUUAAAUCCCAUCUAGACUGGCCUCAUAAAGCUUAGUCACAAUAAGUGAAAAAUGUGUUAUUUAGUUUCAAAACAUCCAGACGUACUGUCACAUGAUUUUUAAGCCACAUUGCUUGCCACUAAAUGUAAGCUCAGAUGAUAUGUUGACAGCUUUUUCUCACCAGUGGAGAGGUGGUACUUCUUUGAGAAACUUCUAGCUGAAUUAAACCCAAUGAUUCAACUAAAGUAAAGGAGGCCAGAAGGGAAUAUUUCUCACUUGAACUAGGAGAUAUCUUUUUUUUAUUAGCAUUAAAAACACUGUGAAUUCUAAGGCAAGUACCACUUGCCAACAGAAGUGUUAAACAUUGUCAUUAAACAGCCGAGCAUAUUCUGCCGUUCACAUAAAUACAUUCUAUCUGCUCCAUUUUGCCCCCACAGUCGAAAGACGUGCAGUUUAGCUGAACUGGGGGGUAUAUGGAUGGAUGAGUGAUAUUAACUUCGGCCCUUUAUACACAUUAUUGAGUCAACAUUGUUGACCAAAUUUAUCUCCUGGCAUACUAAUGUAACUGCUAAAUAAUUGAGAUUUAUAUGUCUAUAGCACUGUGGUCAGUGCUUGAUACACAUAAUGCUUUUUAUCAUUGCUAAUAUGUGCUGUAAUGAAAUAUAUACUAAUAUUGACUGUGUUGAAGCUGCCCACAUCUCGAACAAAAUGACAUUUACUGAGAUAAUGAUGCCUAAUAUGAUACUCUCCUGUCAUUCAGGGUGGAUGCUAAUUUCCUUACAAUGUAAUUAUGUUUCUUCAACCUAUUGAUCUAAAAAGUAAUUAAAGAAUCAUAGUAAAUGAAACGUGCCAUGCUACUAUAUUCUUUCAUAAUAAUACUCCGAUGCAUUUAAACCUUUAACUAAAACAUUACAGCAAUCAGAUAUAAUUAUAAUAAUACAAUUUUUUUUCAUAAAUUCUUAGACUUCUUAAAAUUUUGGACACCUGAAAAGAGAGUGUUGUAGAGCAGUGGUUCACAAGGGUUUUUUAGUAUCAGGACCCACAAUAUUCCUCAGCCAUUAAGUCGUGGCCCCAAGUCUUUUGUUAUAUAUUUAUAUAUUUAGUUACUCCACCUGGCGAGGGAGAACUCACGGUAAAACAAACAAAAAAAUAUUUCUAGAUAAGGGCUGACAAAAGUCUGACAUUACAAAAUAUUUUUUUUAGCCACAUAAUCCAUGAUGCAGUGAAAAUGGUACCGUGACCCACUUUGGGGUCAUGACCCCCCAGUUGAGAACCACUGUUCUAGAAUCAUCUUCAAGAAAUGCCAUGUGACACUGUAGUUUUAGCACAACAUGCACUAUGGCACUGUCUUACACCAGAAGUCAACCAUGCAUAUCACUCUAUUUACUCUCCCCAGUUUAGAUUCUUGAUUUGAGCGCAUUUGAGGGCAAAACCCUACAUAUCAAACAUCCACUCCACCACCUCCCACCAUAAUCUGCAGCUCAGGCUCUUGAGCACAGGUUCAUAUGUUUGAGAAUUGUCACUGCUGUGUGCGUGAUCCCAGAACUCAAUAACACAAACCUAAAUGCUUUGUGGGUCAGUAUAGUCACUGUACGAUGCAAUGGUAGGAGAGGAUGGUUUUACUUAAUGCAUGGUAGUUUUGCCAUUUUAUCCCAAUGAUGUGCUUUCUGGUGAUGUAUAUUGAAAAACCUGCUUGUAAAAUAAAUUUUCUAAUCCUACAAGUAGCUUUUUGGUUUAGAAUACUAUAUAUAUCAUCUUCUUGACUACUGCAGUCUGGUGUUUUUGUUUGAACUGUUACCUUAGUUUCUCAAAUACGGAAACCUCUCAGUGUAAAAGGUCUGUAAGUUUCUGAUGCUCUGUAUCUUUACUUUUUUAAAAAUAACAUCCUUUGUUUGACUGCUGACUAUUUAUAACCUACAUUUAAUAAAUCAAACAGAAAGGUAAAA